CUCUCCGUUUUGCUUUUUUAAGCGGAGAACUCGACAGCAGCCAUGGCGGACGAUCACACUGAUGUGGAGCAGGGCCAGGAAGGACAAGUGCCUGUUGCAGAAAAUCCUCGUGCUGAUUAUGGUCAUACAGAAAGCACCCAGAGAGUAUCGGAAGUUGAGAAACCCAUCAUGGAAAAGCUUCCCAAGCAGAAGGUGGACCUGCAGUCGUUGCCCACACGGGCCUACUUAGACCAGACGGUUGUACCUGUUCUUCUCCAGAGUCUAGCGGUUUUGGCCAAGGAGAGGCCCCAAAACCCUAUUGAGUUUUUAGCUGCACAUCUUCUCAAGAACAAGUCACAGUUUGAAGAUAGAAAUUAACAUCGUGGGAGAGAGAAAGCUGAGGUCAUAAUGUCCGUUUUUUUUUUUUUUUUUGGCCGAACAUUCUGUAUUUUUAAAUGCAUGCAGCUGAAGUAGGUCAAGUAUUAGUUUUUGGUAAGAGUUGGGAAAUUAUUGAAAAAGUCACUCAUAUAAAUGAACAAUGAAAACAGUAAACAGGUGUUUCAUAACAUUUUGUCCACUACCCCCCCCCCCCCAAACUAGUAUGGGUAAACAUGCCUGUGUUACAGUUUAUCCUUUUGAACAACAUGGAGUUUUUUUGUUGCUGCUGCUUCUAUGAUGUUUAAGAUUUUUCAGAAUCACUGCUAAAGGCUUUUAACU